UUUCUACCCAAUUGUGUUUCCGAUUGGUGCGAGCGAUUUCUGCACGUUUUCCUUUCAGCGAGUUGUUUGCAAUUAUCAUGUCGCAGGCUCCAAAACAAGCACAGCCCACAGGGGACAAGGAGAAAGAAAAGAAGAAGAAGGAAACAAUCUUAGACCUGGCCAAAUAUUUGGACAAGACAAUUAGGGUCAAGUUCAGCGGGGGAAGAGAAGCUGCUGGUGUGCUGAAGGGUUACGACCCCUUACUGAAUCUGGUAUUGGAUGACACCACGGAGUAUCUUCGAGACCCUGAUGAUCCGUACAAACUGACGGAGGACACGAGGACACUGGGUCUGGUCGUGUGUAGGGGGACCUCAGUCGUACUCAUCUGUCCGUCCGACGGCAUGGAGGCCAUUGCCAAUCCGUUUGUUCAACAGGAAGGGUAGAUAAUGAAAGUAGAUAAAAGGUCAAGGACAUUGUACUUUCUGUUUUGCAAGAGACUUGUAAGAUGUGUAAAUAUGGAUGGAACAUGGCAGCAUGUGUUGAUGAGAGAUGUAUAUUGUUUGUCAGGGAUGUAAAGUCGGGGAGGGGGGAGGGUCCAGAUUGUGACUUGUUUUAUAAUAAUCUUAGGACUAGCAUCUAGUACAUUACAUGUGUCUGUAUGAGGAUCAAGUUCUGUGGUUCAGGGGGGGGGGGGGGGGGGUGUUGAUUCCUUUUUUGUGAACUGGAAAUUCUAGGGUAUUAUUUAUACCCACAAGAUCCCAGGAUUAUUGCAACAUCGAUGAAUUCAAAGCAUUUCAUCACGAUUAAGAGAUAGCACACUCUGUCUGUUGAUGAAGUUUUGAUUGUUUAUUUGCAUCAUGGUGUAUUUUGGACUCUCUAAUAUGCUUAUUAUGUAUACCUGAAAAAGCUGUUCAUGAUAACCAAACUUCAUUAUAGAUUAAAACACAGUCAUUGCAAACCUUCAGUGCCAGCAAAAACAGUUCAUUAUAACCAAACUUUGUUACAGUAAAAUGCAGUUAUAGUGAACCUCCAGGGCCAGCAAAAACAGUUCAUUAUAACCAAACUUUGUUACAGUAAAAUGCAGUUAUAGUGAACCUCCAGGGCCAGCAAAAACAGUUCAUUAUAACCGAACUCCAUUAUACAGUAAAACAUGGUUAAAGUGAACCUCCAGGGCCAGCGAAAAACAGUUUGUUUUAACCAAACUUUAUUAUAUCAAAUGACAAAUUUCGUUAUUUUCUCUCAAUAAGUGUGAAUUCAUUAUGAGGAUAUUUUGCUCUUAGAAGUGAUAAAAAGAAAAUAUUGUACAUACUCUCUGAAAAAGGAUACCUGUCCAUUGAAGUCUUGCCACACCGAUACACACUCUCUCUGAAAAAAAUUGUAAGUGAUAUACAGAAAAUUGGAAGCUUUUAUAUGCUCUAUUUUCCUUUUACUAAUUGAUUUUUCAUUUCCCUCACCCUAUAUAUUACCAAUUUGACGUACGGAAUAUUUCAUUACGUAUUCACUUGUAAUCGACAACUGAAAGCACCUUUAUCCAAUGGGGAUUGAAUAAAGUUAUAAUUCAUUUAAUGGGCGGUAUACACUGCAUACAUCAAUCUCUACAUGCUAGUAUCACAUGUAUAUGCUGGUCAGGAGUUUUGAAAAGUACCUUGAUUAUUUAGCCUGCAAGAAUGAAAAUAAACCCAUCACCACACGCUAGUAUCAUGCACUGGUCAGGAGUUUUGAUAAGUACUUUGGUUAUUUAACUUGCAAGUAAACUCAUAUUACAAUCAAAGUACUGAAAGUACAAAAAUGUUUUUGAAUGCUAACUGAUCAUUGAACGUCGUAUCAUUUCAUGACUUGAUUGGUACUAAUCAGAGAAAGUGUAAUACAUGUAUGUGUUGUGUAUCUUAGAAUCAUGGUACACAAUGAUUUGACAUAUUGGGACCCUCUAGUUCAUUUGUCAUCCGCUCUGCGUUUCAGAUUCAGUCAUUGUUUGAUUGUAUAUGUGCAUUACCUGAACAAACAUCAUGUGUAAUUUUUGUCAUUGUGAACUUGUAUGUUGUUGCACAGAAGAUCUUUGUUUUUUUGUUUUUUUAAAUCUUAGACAGGGAAAAUAAAUGAAAGUUGAGAUAUUGUU